AUGCGCGUGACGUUAUUCACAUGGCAUUGCGCGUGUGACAUCGUGCGCGUGGCAUUGCGCGCUUGUGCGCGCAACAUGAAGCGUGCAGUGUGGCUAGUGGAGGCAGAGGAACCGCCGUCCGACGCCCCUGAGAAGCAGCAGCUGGGUGCACGUGCACAACCGUGCGUCGCCCAUGCCCCCAUGGUACGACGAACCAUGACAAUGGACGAGGCAGUGCGCCUAGCAGAAGCAGAGGAGGCUGUCAUUCGCAAGAUGCUGCAGCCACUCAAGACCCUUGCACACAGCCGCCAGGUGCGAGCAGUGAUGCAUCUGGAGCGCAGCAGCGACCAUGAGAAGGCCCUGUGUGACGCAGUCAAGCGGUUCUCCGCCUCCAGGGUCUACAUCGGGGUCAGAAAGAAGUUCCUGUGGUCGAACUCCCUCAGCAGCGCGCCGACAGCCUACUACGAGACGAAUCUCCCCGACGGCUGUGUGCUGGUGGUGGCGCAGGGGUCGCGGCGGGUGGCAGAGAUCCCCGUGCAUCCCAAAGGGCCCCUCCGCAGCCGCACCCUCAGCCGCUCCAAACGCUCCCAGGCUGGCUUUGAUCCGCCGCUCACGCCCACAGGCACUGCACCUGGUGCUGGUGCUGGUGCUGCUGCUGGUGGUGGUGUGGUAGGGGGGGGUGGGAGGGGCAGGGGCAGGGGACGAGGUGUGGGCAGGGGUGUGGGCAGGGGAAUGGAGAGGGGUGCAAGCAGGGGGUUUCCUCGCUCGGCAUCGUCGAAUGCUGCUUUGGAGGCGGGAAGCAGGGGUGGAGAGCGGUGGUCUGAUGCUGGUAGCAGCGCUCGUGCUGGUGCUGGUGCUGGUGCUGGUGCUGGUGCUGGUGCUGGUACUGGCACUGUUGCUGGCGUGGGUGCUGUGAUUGGUGGUGGUGUUGGGAGCAGUAGUGGUGGGCGGGGCGGGGUUGGCAGCAGAGGAGAGGGAGAGAGGAGGCGGGGGGAGAGAGAGGAGGUCCAGGCAGGAGAGCGAGAAAGCAGACCCCUGGCGGGCAGACUCAGGGUGAUUGUGCCGUCUACUAGAGAGGUGGACGGAUGGGGGGUACAAAUUCAGGGAGAGCAGACUCAGGUGGAGCAGCGACAGGGGGAGCAGCGACAGGGGGGGCAGCGACAGGGGGAGGAGAGUCAGGGGGGACUAGGGCUGGAGGCUGGGUCGGGGGAUGAGGAUGAUGAUGCACUGGCAGAGCUAGGAGAAGAAUGGAUCAGAAGCAGGAGGAGAGAGGCGCCAACGUCAGGUAGAACGCCAGGUGCUGCAUCAGGUGCUGCAUCCGAUGCUGCAUCAGGUGCGGCAUCAGGAGCAGUGGAUUCAAAGCGAGCAGGGCGCCAUCAGCGGAGCCACUCCAUGCACCUGCUGUCACCGCACCCCACAGCUCUCUUCUCCCCCUCACUCCCUCCCUCUCACCCCCGCCGCCUGUCCAUAUCAGACGCCCUAGAAGCAGAGGGCAGUGUGGGCCAAAAACGGGGCCCGGGGCGAGAGAGGAAGGUUAAACUGGAGGUCGAGGAGGUGGAUGAGGAGGAGGAGGAGGAAGAGGAGGAGGAGGAGGAGGAGGAGGGAGUGAUGGGACCCCAUGGUGGUAGGAGGAACCUUCCCAGUGAAUACCAUGACCAUGCCAGCCAGUUCGGCCCGUUGAGUGUGCGCGGCAACCCCACCACCCCACGCCUCUUCUCCCCAGAUGACUGGACAUUCCCUCUAAAUGAUGAUGCUUCUGAUGCCUCUGGUGCUUCUGGUGCCUCUGGUGCUACUUGGCCGUCCAGUGCUGCUGGUGCAUCUGGUACAUCAGCCCCCACGACUCCCAAGGGAGCGAGCAGAAACCCCAAGGGCGAGGGCAUGGCAGGGAGAGGCGCAGGGAGAGCCGUUGGGAUGGUAGAAUCUGGAGGGAUUGCGAGGCAUGAUAGUGGGAGUGGGCGUGGGCGUGGGAGUGGGAACCGGGAUGGGAGUGGGAAUGCUGGUGGGGAGAAGAAGGAGGAAAGGCCAGGAGUACGCAUAGGAGCAGGUGCAGGAGCAGGUGCAGGAGCAGGUGCAGGAGCAGGAGCAGGUGCAGGUGCAGGUGCAGGUGCAGGUGCAGCUGCAGGUGCAGGAGCAGCGACAGGCACCGGCACAGGAGCAGGGGGGAGCAGGCAGGAGGCCAGGCGGGGGGCUUGGCGCAGCCGGUUUCGCAGUGCGAGUGUGAGCGAGGUGCCUCUCUCGCCCUCCCAGCUGCUCUCCCCCUCUGGCCUGCUCUCCCCCGAGCGCCCCUUCUCUGCUAUCUCCGCCUGGGAUGCCCUUCCUGUGCGCAUCGGGGGCAGUGCUGUGGAGACAGGGGGGAGGGUGAUGGAGGGCGAGGUGCUAAAGUCGCCGCGCAUGGGGGGCAGUGCUGUGGAGACAGGGGGGAGGGUGAUGGUUGAGUCGAUGCACAAGUCGGCUCCAGGAUGGCAGGUGCAGCUGCUGCACAAUCACAGUGGCAGUAUGCAUGGUGAUGGUGAUAAAAUCAACAGUGCUGUAAUAAACGGUCAUAAUGCUACCCCCGGCAGCAGCAGUGCUCACCUGUCUCACCAGAUCUUCAACACCACACCUGCAGCCUCGGCAGCCACAGCCUCGGUGGCAGCCACAGGGCUAGGGCUGGGCAGAGCAGCAGCUAGAAUGCUCUUUCCCAAGUCUUCCAGUGGCGGCAGCCGCACGGGGCGAGAGGACACCACUCCCCAAAGCCCCCUGGCGUCCCCUCCCCCGUCGGAUCCUGAGGGUGAUGAGUAUCAACGGACACGAUCGCUCGGCACGUAUGAUUUUGUAAGGUAUAAGCAGAGCAGGAGCGCGAGCAGGAGGAGCAGCAGGGACUAUGGGGAAAGCAGUGGCAGUGGAGGCAGUCCCUCUCAGAAAUCUGCGAGCCUCCUUUCUCAUUCGUCUUCCGAUCUCCCCUUGCAACAAUCUGUGCCAUCAGUUCAGCAAUCUGUUUCAGAGAGGCCUAAAAAGUCGUCCCAUCAGCAGCCUCUGCUGCUGGAUGGAUCAGCGAAAGCGGCAGUCGCAAGCCAAUCUGCCAGGCACCCCGUCCCUCCUCGCUCUCCCUCUCGCCGCACCCCUCCUCCGCUCGUCCCCUCUACUGCUUCUGCUGCUGCUAACACGUCUCCACCCCGCUCUGCUCGAAGAAAUGCUGCUGUUCCCGCCUUUCCUCGAUCUGCUAGUGCGGGCAGCAGCAGCAGCAACGGGGAGAGCGGCAGAAGCCGAAGCAACGCAGGCAGCAAUUUCAUCAAUUACAGCAACAGCUACAGCAACAGCAGUGGCAGCAGGAUUGAAGGAUCAGAGCAUGCUGCUGCUGCUGCUGCUAUCGGUACUGGUGGAGUGGGGAGAGGGGCGAAAGAGGUGAUGGAGCCAGGGGAAGAAGAUAGAGGAGGAGCUUUACCAGUGGCAGCAGAAGCAGGUGUGACGAUGCUGCGAACCAAAUCCGGAGAGAUUUUAGGCCGCAACCAGCAGCAGCAGCAGCAGCAGCCGCAGCCGCAGAGGAGGGCUUUGGAGAGGUUUCCUGUGUGCCGCAUGGAGCAGCGGCAGCAACAGGUGAAGCUGGCUUGGGAUGACAUUCUGGGGGACGGGCCUGAUGCAGGACAGGCGCCAGCAGGGAGAGGUUCGCUUGUCCGCAAAGCGGUGAAGGCAGCAGGAGCCGCAGGAGCAGCAAAAGCAAGAGACGCAGCGGGAGCAGCAAGAGCAACACGAGCAGCAGGAGCAGAGAAAGGCAGAGGUGGGGAGACGGAGCACACAGCAUGGGCAAACGGCGCAGCAGCAGAGGAGUUUGAUUUCGGUGUGCCAGCAGAGACGGCAGGUGAGGUUGAAAGGCGCGAGUCUGUGGACCUGGCUAUGGGUGGCAAGCCAAUGCCCAGGGGUGGUGGCAGUGGCGGUGAUAGCGGUGGUGGUGGUGGUGGUGGUGGUGGUUCAAGGCUCAAUCAGGGCAGCAACAAUGGCACCAUGCUGAGCUCAGGUACAGAUGAUGCAGCACGGGCAGCAGCAGCAGCAGCAGCAGCAGCAGCAGCAGCAGCAGCAGCAGCAGCAGCAGCAGCAGCAGCAGCAGCAGGAGGAGCAGGAGAAGCAGGAGGAGAAGAAGCCCAAAGUCCCGAGGAUCUAUCAGCGUCCAGCAUCCCUCACCACCUAUCGUCUCUUGUUCCCUGUCGGGUGUUCACUCUGCAGCAGCUAGCAGCAGCAACUGACGGCUUCAAUCCCUCUCGCCUGCUGGGCCGCAGCAGUGGGGGCAGCGCAGGGGGAAGUGUGUACCGAGGGGAGCUGCUGGGGCGCCCUGUGGCGAUCAAGCGGCUGCAGGGCCCGGGAAUUAGCCACAGGAGUCCGGGACCCUACUCCACGUCAGCUGCCACGUCAGCUGCCUCGUCAGCGGCCACGUCAGCAGAGGCUGAGGCGUUUUGGAGGGAGGUGGGGGUGCUGGCGAGUGUGCGGCACGCGCACGUGGUGGGCAUGGUGGGGUGCUGCCCUGAGGACUUCUCCCUUGUGUAUGAACUCAUGGUGGGAGGGUCUCUCUGGGACCGCCUACACCCACAGCUGCAGCAGCAGCCGCAGCAGAAAAGGCAACAGAAACAGCAGCAGCAAGAGCAUGAACAAGGGGCAGCCACCACCCCGCCUCCCUCCCCUCUCCCCGCUCCCCUCCCAUGGCACCAUCGCCUGUGCAUCGCCUCUGAAAUCGCCUCUGCGCUCCUCUUCCUACACUCCCACAGCCCCCUUAUCCUCCACUCCGACCUCAAACCCCAAAACAUCCUUCUCGACAGCCAUGGCGCCAGCAAACUUGCUGAUACAGGCCUGGCGGGGCUCAGUUUCUUCGGCUUGCUUCCGCAGAAUCACCUCGAGGUCACGUUCAAGGUGCAGGGGACGUUUGGGUUUUUCGAUCCGGAUGUUGUGGUUACCACCGGGGAGGUUACGGCAGCGAGUGAUGUGUAUGCUCUGGGCGUGGUGCUGCUGCUGCUGCUCACCGGGAUCGAAGAUGUGAAAGAGCGCCUUGACAAGCGGGCGGGCAGCUGGCCGAGAGAUUUGGCUGCCCGGGCUCUGCGAGUGGCGCUGCAGUGUGUGGAACGGCGCGGCGUGGAUCGGCCAGACCUGCAGACAGUGGUGCACCCGACCCUGGCUGCCAUUGCUAAAGAGGUGCGGGAGGUGCAGGCGCGGGAGGUGCAGGCUCGGGAGGAGGUGAAAAAGGGGGAGGGACUGCGGGAUCAGGAAGAAGAGGUGAAGCAGAGGCGGGAGGUGCAGGCAGGGCAGGAGUUGCAGCUAGAGAGUCGCUUCAUCUGCCCUCUCUCCCAUCAACGGCUGCACGACCCUGUGGUGGCAGCAGAUGGGGUGACAUACGAACGGCAGGCGAUAGAGGCGUGGCUCGCAGCACAUGACACCUCCCCCAGAACCCACCUCCCCCUCCCACACAAGCAUCUCACCCCGAAUCUCAUCCUGCUGGAACUGCUUUCCACCCUGGGCCUUCUGAAUGGAUCAUAA